AUGUCAACCAAAUCAGAUCGUCAGCAGGUAUUGAACGUUUUAGAAGACAAUUAUACCUCUGAUUUGUCCCUACAUUUGUAUUCGACCUUCUUGCUAAGACGAGUAAAUCCCAAUUUUCCAAGACAUACCUGGAGCUACUGGCCCCUAAAGUUUGCUGAUGUGCCCAUUCCGCAAGACAAUUUUGAAGACGAUAUAGUUGAUGGGUAUGAAAAAGACAUAGAUUAUGUUUCUGUACUCAAGCGUAAGGUGAGCAAUCGAAAGAGCAGAACAGAAGAGAUGACCAGCCUUGAAGAUAAUACAAAAGAGGAUGAGGACAAUCCAAUCUACAAUGCUGAGGUUGAGUCGGAGGACGAACAGGAAGCGGAAGAUAGUGAGGGUGACAAUGAAGACGAGAAUUUAAAGAAGCUUUUGCUGAGACCUAUCAAUGAAAUAACAUACUUGGAACGCACUCCCAAUUCCAAGAAGUUACUUAUCAAUUCGUUGUCGUCAAUAAUCCAACAUAAAAUACAUGCAAGAGUAAAGGAUUUAAAUAUUUCUAAGACGAACCUAGCAAUUACGGAUGAUAUGGCAUCGAAUCCAGCUUUAUUACCACUAACUAUCCAAGUUGCAAAUCGGUUUAAUUCUUUGAUAGACACUUUGACAAAGAAGAGAACCUCUAAGAAAACAAUAAACUGGAAGGAUAUUCUAUGUACAGCAGUGAGAAAUGAAAUUAAUCCACACACCAUUAUAAAUACAAAGACCUACAAAGAUUUAUAUAACAAAUGCGAGAAGUUGUUCAGCAAAAUGCACUAUAACUACGAGUUUGAGAGCGAACCAGAAUGUGAGGGCCAGAUAAGAACUGAAGAAGGGGGAUUCAACGUGCACGAAUAUUUGAAAACAUUAUCUAAUAGUGUCCAGGCGUCAGGUCAAAUUACUUAUAAAGAUUUAGUAGCCCGAUAUCUUAACGAUUUCUCUCAAAGAGGAAGAGAGGAGGCAAGGUUCAAGCAUAAUUUUUUCGAGCUUCUACGAAUCCAAGACCAAUCUUCAGAUAUUUCAUGGAGUAAGACGAAUGGAGAACGAGAAAGAAAACGUAGAAAAGUGUCGAUAGCAGAACCAAAGGUAGAGGAUUUGAAUGACGUGAAAGAAGAUAUUCUAGGAUCGGCUGAAUUAGAUGAAAAUUCAUAUAUGUUGAACCUUUAG